UUAGUCUCUUUAAAAUGACGUAUGUGAAUACUGUCUUUACGGAAGGUCCUUUGGAGGCUCAGGCAUCGGAGUUUGCUUCUUAUGUCUCCAAAUUAAAAGGUGAACCAGAAGAAAAAGGACCUUUUAUUAUAGAGACGAGAAAUCUAUUAAAAGAUAAAAAGUUCGAGCAAGUCUUUCAGUUAUUCGCUAAAUCUACAUCAGUAUUACUUGAAGCACCGGAAAAGGAAUUUGAAGCUAUAUUUAAUCUUCUGAUUGCCAUUUUAAAGUCUGCAUCACCUGAUACUCACCCAACUUUAAUAAAAUCAUCAAUUGAAUCGUUGGUGGUAAAUCAAAAUGAUAAAGCUAUUCAAAAACUUAAAGUUCUUCAAAAUCUAUAUAAUACUCUGGAAUAUGCCUCACCACUCAGAUAUGAUGUGUUUCUUACAAUUCUUGAUAUUGCAGCCAAAAAUGAUGAAAUUGAUACUUUGUUACUACAACUGUCACGUCUAGACACUUGGGUAAAGGAAUGGGCAAUUUCAACAAAUCAAAUACGGGAAUUGUAUAUGACUGUUUCGAAUAGACUGAAGGAAGCAGGAGAACUCAAACUAUCCCACGACUUCCUAUUAAAACAUCUCGCCACCUACUCUUCUUCCGAUGACCUUUCUACAGCUAAACCUGCAGUAAUUCGUGCAGUCACUGAAGCUAUUCAAUUACCCGAAAUUUUAAGUUUUGAAGAUAUACUCGAAUUACAUGUAGCCAUACAAUGCUUGAAAAGUGAGGAAAAACUUUUUGAUCUACUAAAAGUUUUCUUGAAUGGGAACUUAAAAGAAUAUAAGGCAUAUGUUGAUAAAAAUCCAGAUGAUGUUGAAAAAUUUGGACUUUCUAUUGAAGACAAUACACGUAAGAUUAGGUUAUUAACGUUAGCUUCUCUAGCGUCAGAGAACGUUUCUCGCGAAAUUUCUUAUGAAACUAUAGCAAAGGCAUUAGAAAUUGAAGAAUCUGAGGUUGAAAUGUGGACAAUCGACGUUAUUCGUGCUAAUUUAAUUGAAGCAAAAAUUAACCAAGUCAAGAAGACAAUUCUUGUAAAUAGAUCUACAUAUCGAACAUUUACAAUGGAACAAUGGAAACAGUUAUCUGCUAAGCUUGAAGGUUGGAAAAAAUCUCUUGUGGAUAUUUUACAGGUCAUUGCUAACGCAAAAUUAAUUGCUCAACAUUCCAAUUUAAAUGUAAAUAACGCUGCCAGUUCAGCUGUUGUAGUUGUCGAUGGUGUCAAUGGUCAAGAGGAAGUUUCUGGGAGUUAGUCAAAGUAUUGUUUCAAAAAAGAAACAAAAAAAGAUUUAAAAAAUAAAAAAAAAAAUAAACAAAUAAAUUAUUGGUGGAAUAAUUGUAUCUUAAUAAUAAUUUAGUAAUAAAAAACUUUUCAGAUAUU